GCUCGGCGGGGCUGCAUGGCCCGGCCCCCGCCUGAAGGAGAGCGGAGCUGUCCGGACUGGGGGCUCCCCCGGCUGCUGACAGCGGGAUCCCGCGUGGCCCAGCAGACCCAGACCCAGGCUCCCCCCUCCUCCUCCUCGGGAACUGAGUUACUGGGGUCACGGCUCACGGAGAUGAUGUCAUUGGAUGUGGCUGACAGCACUCAAGUAUAUGCUGCAUUCUUAGUUUACUUGGAUCUUUUAGAAGCUAAAAACUGGCAUGAUGUGACAUGCGUUGGACUAGCAGAACUCCAGCUCGUUUGUCUCCGUGGGCGUGAGAGAGAAGCUGAGAAUUUACAGGUUGUGGUGCCAACACCUGUCCACAUGUCAUUCACUCAUCAGAGGCUCAGAGAGAUCAUGCAGAAAGCAUGUAUUCCACAAGAUGAAACGGAUUCCCCACUGUCAGUUAUCCUGGCUAUAGUUGAGUCAGAUUCCACAGUAGUCUAUUAUAAGCUGACAGAUGGUUUCAUAAUGCCAGAUCCUCCGGAUGAUACUGAAGACAUGGACAAUAAACAGUGGAGAAAGAAAAGAAGGAAGCUUUUGAGAUGACUUUAAGACAAAGAUGAACUGUUUCUUGGCCCCUUAUUUUCAAAUCUAAACAAAUUCAGUAAUUUGUGUAUGUAAAUUUAAAAGGUACAAUGGCUUAACUGCUGCUUUGCAAAUCUUCACUUGGUCUGGAGAACUGAGAUUUCUGCAGCAUGCUUCAAAAUAAAAUGGUAUGUAAUAUGUUUCAAGGACCUGACUUUUAUACCAGUAAAUAGUCAACAUAUUAUUGACAAGGCAUGUUACUCCUUCCUCCUCCUCCUCCUUUUUUUUUUUGGAGAAGCAGAAGUUUUCAAAGUUUGUCCCUCCUUCACAAACACACCUACAUUUGUGGCGAUGUAAAGACUGAACAGAGUCAGACCUAUGGCAUAAGUUUUAAAGGUAAAUAUUUAAAUAAAAUAAGCUGUUCUUUAGUGUAGUGUGGUUGGAGUGAAGGUCUUCAAACACACACUUCUGCAUAAGUUAAAAAGACAGUGGUUUGUCCUACUCAUGGCACCAAGAGCAUUUAAAAUAUAAAUUUCACCUACUCCUUCACUUUUGGGCCUCUUACUGCUAUAUUUAGAGCAAAAUAGAGUAGGUUUUGUCAAGGAAUAUUUUCUUUUGGUUUAAAUGUUUUGCAACUAGAAAAAUGACAUCACUAUAAUGACUAA